UAUAUUUGUUGUUUUAGAUGUAGAUGAAAUAAAACUUAAAUUAUUUAAAAUUUCUUCCUAAACCCUAAACCUCGAAGCACAGACUCAAUCCCACUCCAAUCGAAUCCAUGCUAUCUCUCGCCAAACGCCUUCACUCUCUCACAUUCCCACCCUUCCUUUCUCGCAGCUCCCACCAACUCCGCUCUCCACGACCCGACGCCGCCUCCCACUCCAGGCGGCGCCACAAGUCUCCGCCUCUUCCGCUGAAAAAACCGGAGGAGAGGUCAGAAUGGUGGAUCGUCGACGGUGAAAUGCACGAAAUAGGAGAUAACGUGCCACCACGUGAACGGUUUGUGAUUCCUCGAGAGAAUAUUCCUAACAAGCGCCGCAAGCAGCUGAGAGAACAGUUCAUGCGCAGGACUCGCCUCGUUCUUAAGGAAUCUGAACACGAUCCUUGGUGCAAAAGAUAUAUGGAAUUGUAUAAUGAACUUCGAGAAAAUUGGGAGAGACUUUAUUGGGACGAGGGUUACUCUAAUAAGCUUGCUCGGGAUCAUGCGAACUAUGAGUCCGCUGAAGAUGAUGAUGAAGAUUUCUCUCCUUACAGGAAUAGAAGACCCCAGAUGGAGUAUAGCAAGGACCAGAAUUUUGAUAGAAACAGGCAAUCUGAUAGCUGGGAUAAAGUUAGCCUUAUACGCGAUAAAUUCGAGUAUGACAGGGAGAGAAGAAUGAAGGAGAAAGCAUUUGCUCCCAUGAAUGGAGGAUUUGUGGCUGACUCCCAUGAUUCGGAAGGCUGGAACCAACCUCUAAAUACCGAUCGAUAUUUUAGCCAAACAGAAAGGUAUCAAGAGGAGGAGAAUAAGUGAACUGUGCCUACCAUGAUGCAAAGAGGUGGGAUAGUUUUCCUUGUCUCUUCACAUUUCUGUCCAUUUAUCUUCAAUACUAUGUUGCAUGUGACAGCAGUUUCUAAGAAAAUGAUUGACAGAGAUUACAUGGGUGUUUUUUUGGUUUAAAGCUCCUUCAAUUAGGAAGAUGAAAUUGUUUUGAAUAGAAACAUGAUGAUGUAUUAAACCACUGACCUUAUCUCUGCCAGAAAGGAUGAUUAUUGUGACUUGUGAGAAUGUAAAGAAAAUUGAAGUAACACGACACUGAUGAGAUGUUGUAACUUGUAACUACUAAACUCAUUUAACGUGUAGAUAUAUACUACUUUUCAAA